AUUGCUUUUUUAUAAAACUGAUAUCUGAGCAGAUUGGCACAGAUAACUCAUAGGCAAAUUAAACAUAUAAUUAUCUGAUAAAAUGAUCUGCUCUUACACCUGCAACUUUACAUUUGGUUCCGAAACUGAAGUUGCUCCAGCCACUCAAACAAAAUUGCAGAUAUCGAAAACAUUAUCUGAUGCCUUAGAUAAAAGAAACAAAAAUGUGGGAAAUGACAGAAAUAAGAAGUCUAAAUCUGAAGGCUAUCGAUCCCUGUACAAUGAAAAGUGGUACAAGAUCAACAGCUUUCCACGUCUUUAUUAUCACUAUGAACUAGUUUGUGGUUUAGAAAAAAGAUUAAAAGCUUUAAGAUCAUCUCCAACUUGUGCACUCAAAGGCGCCGAAAGAGUUCAACUUUACCUAGCCGGAGAAAUUACGGAAGAAACAGAAAAGUUAAUUACUUCAAUGAAAGACGAGCCAGUAAAGUACUCCUUGCGUGAGGGACAGUGGUCUGUUUCAGCGCUUAUCUAUUUUCAAAGUGAAAAUGAAUAUUUGAGUACAAUAGAAGAGCUCAUCGAUUCCAUACGACCAGCUGUGUGGACAAAGGCUUUUAUAGUCCUUAACCAAACUAUCAGGCCAACUAAGGCUACUGCUGAAUCGAAGUACCCCUUACUUUACAGAAAAAAGAAGUGUGUUCGGGAAGCUCUUAACUCUCUCCUAGAAAUCCCUUUGAAGAAAAUCAUUCAAGGGUUUCUUGAAGAAUUCAAUCGAGGAUCCAUAAGAAAGGAAGAAAUGCCAGAAGUAUGGAAUGAAUGCAGAUCAAUUUUAUCACAAAUGUCACCGGAAGGAAAUUCAAGAGAUGAAAUUCAGAUUCCAGAGACCAUUAAAGAAUUUCUGUUUCAGAGAUCUGGAAUACAUGGUUUCGGUAUAUGGGAGAGGUCAGAGUUCAGGGUAUUUAUAGGAAAUGAUGAAAACAUUGAACAGCUAAAUUCUGAAUUAUAUAAACUCAGUCCUGAAUUCUUCAACAUUAUGUCCCUUCAUAUCGUGUCCGGUGAAAUGAAUAUACACAGAUAUGUAAAGCAAGGGGAUAAAGUAUACUUGGAUAAGAAUUGCGACAAUUCAAAAGCUUCCUAUGCAACAGCUGGUGCUCUUCUGAAAGACAGUCAUGGUCAAGACGAGGUAUAUGGAUUGACGUGUCAUCAUGCUUUAGCUCAUGAGAAACAAAUAGUGUAUAUUAUGUCCCCACAAACUAAGGAACUCUCCAAAUUCGGUGAAUGUUUAUAUUCUGAUACAGAACCUUUUCAUGACUUUGCUGUUUUCCAGAUAGAUAAAGACAAACAAAGAAACUGCGAUACGACCUUUUUAAACAGACUGGAAAAUCCAUGCAAUGUAAAUAUUUACGAAGGACCCAUACCGGCAAAUGCUGUCGUACAUAAGAAGGGGGCAACAACUAAUCUUUCUGAUGGUCGAAUCAUGAGCUCGGAAUUCUAUUAUAAAUUGUUCGCAAAUAGAAGUGAAAUGUUUCUCGUUUCAAGUAUUGAUUCUCCUGAUCAUCCCUUUUCUGCACAAGGAGAUAGUGGCUCAGUGGUUUUCCAACACGACAGAUCUCCUGACCAGAGAUCAGUGUCUGCCCUUGGCCUCGUUACUGGAGGCAUAAACGAAGUCAGAGACGAAAGUUCGACCGAGGCCCUAAAUUCCACAGUUUGCCUACGUCUUAAUAAAGCUCUUUCUCGCCUUUCAGAAAAGAAGCAGCUAGACUUGGAAUUUAAAAAAUCCCGUCGUACCUCCUCCAGCUCAGAUGAAAGUGAAUAA